UAAAAAAAUUUUGUAAUUAAUUAAUUUUUAAAUAAACGAUUUUUAUUUAAAUAAUUUUUAACACGUACAAAGUUCAAAUCAAUGUUGUUCAGAUUAGAAAAAAAUUAUCAGAUAGAAUUAUUAGAUAAUAAACGAUAUCUCGGUGUAAGGUGAUAGCUUGUAUUACACUGAGCUAAACAUUGUGUCAAAUAACUGUUUUGUGUCAUAUAUUUUUCAUUAGCUAAUGAAAUAUAUUAAAAUGUUGACACUGGAAACAUACCAGUUAACUCAUCCAGAAUCGCUGACAGAUGCUGAACUUAGAGAAAUUUUAGAAAAUAGGUGUAUAGAUUUUAAUCAUUAUAAAAACUUUACAAGAUGUGAGUUAAUAGAACUGUAUAAACGAGUGGCAAUGCCAUUACCUCAAAGGCAAUCUGAAAAUAGUCAAAACUCAAAUGUAAAGAAAGAUAACGAGGAAUCAAAUUCAGUUAAUGAGUCUCACCAAAAUUCUGUCCCUUUGAAUGAUACAAGUAGUACAAAACCAAAUGUAAAUGAGGUAACAAAAGCACCUCAGUUUUCUAAUAUGAAGUCAGCAACAUCUCCUGGAAAUGAAUUUAAAUGUACAACUAAAAAAGUACACUUGUGUAAUUCAAGUAAUAUAAUAAAAUGCAAUGGUGUUGAUAAACGUAAUAGCGAUGAAAAAUUUGAUGGAGCUCCAUCUAGGAAAAGACAGAAAAUUACAUGGCCUUAAUAAUAUUACCGUAUUAAAUAUGUAUGGUAUAAAAAAAAAUCUUUUUUUUUUAACUAGAAUUAUUUUUAUCCCUAAGUUUCUUGAUAAGUAAUGUUAUCCAUAUAAGUGAUUUUAAAGUAUUAAUCUCUGAAUCAUGUAAUAUAUGCAUCAACAAUAUGACUACUACAAUAGAAAUAGCCAUGCUUGGUGUCUGGAAUUUUUUCCUCAUCUUUUAAUUAUUUAAUUGAAUGAGAUUUAUAGCACUGAUUAAUAAUGGUAUCCAUUGCAGUCGAUAUGUUAUUGGCUAGAUCUCUUGUUGGCUACAUGUAUGUAUUCCAAAUUAGAUUUUAAGCAUUUUGGAAUUCAUACAUGUACAUGAAAUCUGAUAUAAUUCUAGUUAUUUACUAAAUUUUUUUUUAAUUAUAAGCAUUGUUAUUUUGUUAUUAUAAUACUAUUGUAUUAUGAUUAUAUGUAUGAAGAAUAAAGAAUGAAA